AUGCCGAAGCCAAUCGUACAAGAGGGAGAGGACCCUGAUCCGACCCCAUACCUGUUCGUCUCGCUCGAACAGAAACGUAUCGACCAGAGCAAGCCAUACGAUGGUAAAAAGGCCUGCUGGGUUCCGGACGAGAAGGAGGGCUUCCUGCAGGGGGAAAUUAAGGCCACCAAGGGUGAUCUGGUGACCGUCAACCUGCCUGGAGGCGAGGAGAAGACGUUAAAGAAGGAGCUCAUCUCCCAAGUGAACCCCCCUAAAUUCGAGAAAGUCGAGGACAUGGCGGACCUGACCUAUUUGAACGAGGCGGCCGUACUCCACAACCUUCGACAACGAUACUAUGCGAAACUGAUCUACACGAAAGACUUCAAGAAGGACCUCGUCGCCCAGGUGAACCCCCCCAAAUACGAGAAAUGUGAAGAUAUGUCAAACUUGACAUACCUCAACGACGCUUCCGUUUUGUAUAACUUGAAGCAAAGAUAUUACCAUAAGCUUAUUUACACGUACUCGGGUCUCUUCUGUGUGGCUAUCAACCCCUACAAGAGAUUCCCCGUGUACACGACACGAUGUGCCAGGCUCUACCGUGGCAAGCGUCGUUCGGAAGUGCCGCCACACAUCUUCGCUAUUUCCGAUGGAGCCUAUGUCAACAUGUUAACCAACCACGAGAAUCAAUCUAUGUUGAUUACCGGAGAGUCUGGUGCUGGUAAGACUGAGAACACGAAGAAGGUAAUUGCUUACUUCGCCACCGUUGGUGCGUCGCAGAAGAAGGACCCCGAAAAGGAGAAGAAGGGCUCGCUUGAAGACCAGGUCGUACAGACUAACCCCGUUCUUGAAGCCUUUGGUAACGCCAAGACCGUCCGUAACGACAACUCUUCACGUUUCGGUAAAUUCAUCCGUAUCCACUUCGGUCCAUCCGGAAAACUGGCUGGAGCUGAUAUUGAAACUUACCUGCUAGAAAAGGCCCGUGUCAUCUCCCAACAGGCGCUCGAGCGUUCCUACCACAUCUUCUACCAGAUGAUGUCCGGAUCCGUCGCCGGACUUAAGGCCACCUGUCUUUUGUCCAACGACAUCAUGGACUACAACAUCGUGGCCCAGGGCAAGACUGUCAUCCCGGGAGUCGAUGACGGCGAGGAAAUGAAACUCACAGACCAAGCCUUCGACAUCCUUGGUUUCACCCAAGAGGAGAAGGACAACGUGUACAAGAUCACCGCCGCUGUUAUGCACAUGGGUGGCAUGAAGUUCAAGCAGAGGGGUCGUGAGGAGCAGGCUGAGGCUGAUGGAACUGAGGAUGGUGAGAAGGUCGCCAAAUUGCUCGGCGUUGACUGCCCUGACCUAUACAAGAACUUGUUGAAGCCCCGCAUCAAGGUCGGAAACGAGUUCGUGACCCAGGGUCGUAACAAGGACCAGGUCACCAACUCCAUUGGUGCCCUCUGUAAGGGUGUGUUCGACAGGCUCUUCAAGUGGCUGGUCAAGAAGUGUAACGAGACUCUAGAUACCAAGCAGAAGAGGCAGCACUUCAUUGGUGUACUGGAUAUUGCCGGUUUCGAGAUCUUCGACUUCAAUGGUUUUGAACAACUCUGCAUUAAUUUCACCAACGAGAAACUGCAGCAGUUCUUUAACCACCACAUGUUCGUACUGGAACAAGAGGAGUACCAGCGCGAAGGAAUCGAGUGGACUUUCAUUGACUUUGGCAUGGACCUCCAACAUUGCAUUGACCUUAUUGAAAAGCCCAUGGGUAUCCUCUCCAUCCUUGAGGAAGAGUCUAUGUUCCCGAAAGCCACCGACCAGACCUUCGUUGAGAAGUUGAACAACAACCACUUGGGCAAAUCUGCUCCCUACCUGAAGCCCAAACCCCCCAAGCCCGGUUGCCAGGCCGCCCACUUCGCGAUUGGUCACUACGCCGGUAACGUCGGCUACAACAUCACCGGAUGGCUUGAGAAGAACAAGGACCCCCUUAACGACACCGUUGUCGACCAGUUCAAGAAGGGAUCCAACAAAUUGCUGGUUGAGAUCUUCGCAGACCACCCUGGUCAAUCUGGUGAUGCCGGUGCUGGUGGUGGUGGCAAGGGGGCUGGUGGCAAACGUGCCAAGGGUUCCGCCUUCCAGACUGUAUCAUCACUCUACAGGGAACAACUGAACAACUUGAUGACAACACUGAGAUCCACUCAGCCUCACUUCGUACGUUGUAUCAUCCCCAACGAAUUGAAACAGGCCGGUCUCAUCGACUCUCACCUUGUGAUGCACCAGCUGACCUGUAACGGUGUGCUCGAGGGUAUCCGUAUCUGUCGUAAAGGUUUCCCCAACAGGAUGGUCUACCCCGACUUCAAGCUCCGCUACAAGAUCCUGGCCCCACAAGCCGUCGCCAAGGAAUCCGAUCCUAAGAAAAUUGCCCAGAUUAUUCUGGAAACGACCGGGUUGGAUGUUGAGUCGUACCGUCUAGAGCCCUCGCUACUAUGGCUCAGUGCUAACAUUCCUUUAGAAUCCCAAUUCUCCUAUAUGACACUUCUUGACUCAGCCUGUCAAGUUGAGAAUUGGGCUUCUGUUACUCAUUACUUGUGUGCUCCUAAACGCAGAUACAAAAUUCUGUGCCCGAACCUGGUCAAAGAGCCAAUCUCACCGGAGAAAGCCACCGAGAAAAUUCUCGAACAUACCGGCUUGGACUCGGAGUCUUUCAGGCUUGGAAAGACAAAGGUGUUCUUCCGCGCUGGUGUCCUGGGUCAGAUGGAAGAAUUACGUGACGACAGGCUGUCCAAGAUUGUAUCUUGGCUCCAGUCUUACAUCCGUGGUUACUUGUCCCGUAAGGAAUUCAAGAGGAUGCAGGAACAGAGAAUCGCUCUCCAAGUUGUCCAGCGCAACUUGCGCAAAUACCUGCAACUCCGCACCUGGCCAUGGUGGAAACUGUGGCAGAGGGUCAAGCCCCUCCUCAACGUCACCCGUAUCGAGGAUGAGAUCGCGAAACUCGAAGAGAAGGCACAGAAGGCUCAGGAGGCUUUCGAGAAGGAGGAGAAACUCCGCAAGGAGGUUGAGGCACUCAACAGCAAGUUGCUCGAGGAGAAACAGGCUCUGCUGGCCAACCUUGAGGGAGAGAAGGGAUCUCUUUCUGAAGUGCAGGACCGCGCCAACAAAUUGCAGGCGCAAAAGGGCGAUUUGGAGAACCAACUUAGGGACACACAAGACCGUCUCACACAAGAGGAGGAUGCCCGCAACCAGCUCUUCCAAGCUAAGAAGAAGUUGGAGCAAGAAAUCUCCGGACUCAAGAAGGAUGUCGAGGACCUCGAACUGUCAGUCCAGAAGUCUGAACAGGACAAGGCAACCAAGGACCACCAAAUCCGCAACUUGAACGAUGAGAUCGCCCACCAAGAUGAACUCAUCAACAAGUUGAACAAGGAGAAGAAAUUGCAGGGUGAGAGCAACCAGAAGACCUCCGAGGAGCUCCAGGCCGCCGAAGACAAGGUCAACCACCUCAACAAGGUCAAGCAAAAGCUCGAGCAGACCCUCGACGAGCUUGAGGACUCUCUCGAACGCGAAAAGAAACUGCGCGGAGACGUCGAGAAGCAGAGGAGGAAGGUUGAGGGUGACCUCAAGCUUACCCAGGAGGCCGUCGCCGACCUCGAACGCAACAAGAAGGAACUGGAACAGACCAUCCAGCGCAAGGACAAGGAAAUCUCAUCCCUCACCGCCAAGCUCGAGGAUGAACAAUCGUUGGUCAGCAAGCUCCAGAAACAGAUCAAGGAACUGCAGGCCCGUAUCGAAGAGCUCGAAGAGGAGGUCGAAUCCGAACGUCAAGCUCGCGCCAAGGCUGAGAAGCAGCGUGCUGACUUGGCUCGUGAGCUCGAGGAGCUCGGUGAGCGUCUGGAGGAAGCCGGUGGCGCCACCUCUGCCCAGAUUGAGCUCAACAAGAAGCGUGAGGCUGAGCUCAGCAAACUCCGUCGCGACUUGGAGGAGGCUAACAUCCAACACGAGUCCACCCUGGCCAGUCUUCGCAAGAAGCACAACGAUGCCGUCGCCGAGAUGGGUGAACAGCUCGACCAGCUUAACAAACUAAAGGCCAAGGCUGAGAAAGAGCGCUCGCAAUACUUUAGCGAAGUCAAUGACCUUCGUGCCGGUCUCGACCAUUUGUCCAACGAAAAGGCUGCCCAGGAGAAGAUUGUCAAGCAGAUGCAACACCAACUUAACGAGGUACAGAACAAGGCUGAUGAAGCCAACCGCACCCUCAAUGAUCUGGACGCUGCUAAGAAGAAGCUCUCGAUCGAGAACUCCGACCUUCUCAGACAGCUGGAGGAGGCUGAAUCCCAGGUGUCUCAGCUCUCCAAGAUCAAGGUGUCCCUCACCACACAGUUGGAAGACACCAAGAGGCUUGCCGAUGAAGAAUCCAGGGAACGCGCUACCCUCCUUGGCAAGUUCCGCAACUUGGAACACGACCUUGACAACAUUCGUGAACAAGUUGAGGAGGAAGCCGAGGGCAAGGCUGACCUACAACGUCAACUGUCCAAGGCUAACGCUGAAGCUCAAUUGUGGCGCUCCAAAUACGAAUCCGAGGGUGUCGCUCGCUCUGAGGAACUCGAGGAGGCCAAGCGCAAGCUCCAGGCUCGCCUCGCAGAAGCCGAGGAGACCAUUGAAUCCCUCAACCAGAAGGUUGUUGCUCUCGAAAAGACCAAGCAGCGCCUGGCUACCGAAGUCGAAGACCUACAGCUCGAGGUCGACAGAGCCACAGCCAUCGCCAACGCUGCAGAGAAGAAACAGAAGGCAUUUGACAAGAUCAUCGGUGAAUGGAAACUCAAGGUUGACGACCUUGCCGCUGAACUUGACGCCAGCCAGAAGGAAUGCCGCAACUACUCCACCGAAUUGUUCCGCCUUAAGGGUGCCUACGAGGAAGGUCAAGAACAACUCGAGGCUGUCCGCCGUGAGAACAAGAACCUCGCCGAUGAAGUCAAGGACUUGCUCGACCAAAUCGGUGAAGGUGGCCGCAACAUUCACGAAAUUGAGAAGGCCAGGAAGCGUCUCGAAGCUGAGAAGGACGAACUCCAAGCCGCUCUCGAAGAAGCUGAGGCUGCUCUUGAACAAGAAGAGAACAAGGUCCUGCGCGCUCAACUUGAACUGUCUCAGGUCAGACAAGAGAUCGAUAGGAGGAUCCAAGAGAAGGAGGAGGAAUUCGAAAACACCCGCAAGAACCACCAACGCGCCCUCGACUCUAUGCAAGCUUCCCUUGAAGCCGAAGCCAAGGGUAAGGCUGAGGCGCUGCGCAUGAAGAAGAAGCUUGAGGCUGACAUCAACGAGCUUGAAAUCGCUCUCGACCACGCCAACAAGGCUAACGCUGAAGCACAAAAGAACAUCAAACGCUACCAGCAACAAAUCAAGGACCUCCAGACCGCUCUUGAAGAGGAACAGCGCGCCCGUGACGACGCCCGUGAACAACUCGGAAUCUCUGAACGCCGCGCCAACGCCCUCCAGAAUGAACUCGAGGAAUCUCGCACACUUCUCGAACAGGCCGACCGUGCUCGUCGUCAAGCUGAACAAGAACUUGGUGACGCCCACGAGCAACUCAACGAACUCUCCGCCCAGAGCGCAUCCCUGUCCGCUGCCAAGAGGAAACUCGAGUCAGAAUUACAGACCCUGCACUCAGACCUUGACGAGCUCCUCAACGAGGCCAAGAACUCAGAAGAGAAGGCGAAGAAGGCGAUGGUCGACGCCGCCAGACUGGCCGACGAACUCCGCGCUGAACAAGAGCACGCACAGACACAGGAGAAACUCCGCAAGGCCCUUGAACAACAGAUCAAGGAACUGCAAGUCAGGCUCGACGAGGCUGAGGCCAACGCACUCAAGGGAGGCAAGAAGGCCAUCCAGAAACUCGAACAGAGGGUACGAGAACUCGAAAACGAACUGGACGGUGAACAGAGGAGACACGCCGAUGCCCAGAAGAACCUCCGUAAGGCCGAGAGGCGCAUCAAGGAGCUGACGUUCCAGGCCGAGGAGGACCGCAAGAACCACGAGCGUAUGCAAGACCUGGUCGACAAACUUCAACAGAAGAUCAAGACCUACAAGAGGCAGAUCGAGGAAGCCGAAGAGAUCGCCGCCCUCAACUUGGCCAAAUUCCGCAAGGCACAGCAGGAGUUGGAGGAGGCGGAGGAGAGGGCAGACCUCGCCGAGCAGGCCAUCAGCAAAUUCCGCGGCAAGGGACGCGCGGGAUCCACUGCGAGAGGAGUCAGUCCGGCGCCCCCGCGUUCGCGCCCCGCCCUCGACGGCUUCGGCACCUUCCCACCAAGGUUCGACCUGGCGCCCGAAGAUUUCUAA